AUGUCGCUCUACCACCUGGUCUCAAUACUUGUCUCAGCUGCAGUACAGGCCCUGCCCACUGGCUCCUCUGAUGGGACAUCCGUACUCAGUUCUGCAGAGGCGCCCUGCUCGGAUAGCCACCGUUCUUUGUGGACCAUCGUCUCCACGUGCCUGCUCACUAUCUUCGCCUGCGUCUACACGUCGGUGCAUCCGAAUGUGCCCGAUCCGUACGAGCGUCUGCCAGCUAUUUUACGCCGAGCCGCGUUUAUCAUGUUGUUUGCGGUUCUCGCGCCCGAGUUGAUCGUGGCAUGGGCUUCGAGACAGUGGUUUUCGGAAGACGAAGCAUGGACACAUACUCACAGCUUCUACGCUUACAUGGGCGGCUUCAUGGUAUACCACGAUGGAAAGCCAUGGCGCACGAUAACGCCUCCUAGGCUGCUAGAAGCUGUUCGCAGCGGAAAUAUCAGUCCCAUACGGCUAGCUAAGAAAGAGAUCGACGACACUAGCAAAGGCAACUUUAUCUCGAAAGGGCUCGCCGUCCUCCAGGUGACGUGGUUUUGCAUGCAGCUUGCCGCACGCCGUCGCCACGGUUUGGGCAUCAUCCCUCUCGAAGUCGGGACGGCAGGGUUUGCGGUCCUUUGUUGCAUCUCCUACGCGCUCUGGUGGGACAAACCUCUGAACGUCGGACAUCCUAGGCGUCUGGAAUGGAAGACGGGUACACCGCCUGGCGACUUGCAUUCAGACUGCAAUCACCUAGAGAAGCGCCACAGAUCUGAGGGCGUCAUUCAGGCCUUUGGAACCCUUCUCGGAUGGUCCGAACGAAAUCUAGAAUUGCGAGUCGAAACUUUCGGCGGCGACGAUGUCACGGUAGACUGCCCGGACUGGCGCGCCUAUAUCAACAUCCAACAUUUCACCAGAAGCCAGUUCAUCACCGUCUUCUGUAUAGGCGCUUUGUCAUCCACCAUCUUCGGUCUCGUCCAUGUCGCAGCAAGCGAGCUGUCGUUCCCCACCCGCACAGAACAAGUCCUGUGGGAGGUCAGCUCCCUCAUUACCGUUCUAAUUCCCCUCAUGGCUAUUCUCACAACAGCCGUACUUGGCGUCGUAUACAAAAAGACGACAAACUGUGCGCUUGCGUCGAUCAUCCCAGCGACUAUCUGGUUUAUAUUCUGCGUUUCCCCAGCUCUUUAUGUUAUCAGCCGAGUCGCUCUUAUCACCAUUAUGUUUACGUCUUUACGCAGCCUCCCGCCGAGCUCAUACGAGACGGUUCCUUGGACGGAGGUUAUUCCGCACCUUUAA